AUUUACAGAAUGGGCGAGAAGUUUAGGCGAUAUUUAUAGUGUACGCAUGGGCCAACAAAAUUGGAUUAUAUUGACUAGUGAUAAGGUGGUUGCUGAACUUUUACAAAAGCGUGGUGGAAAAUAUUCAACUCGUUUGACAAGCUAUUAUACUUUUGAUUUAUUGACCCGAGGAAAGAGUUAUAUCAGUUCUCCUUAUAAUGAAAGAUAUAAAAUCCUUACACCAAUCA